AUGGGUUCUAUUUGUGGAACGAAUAAUAAAAGAGUAAUUCCAAAAACAAAGAAAGCACAUUUAGGUUUAAGGUCAGGGCAAACAAUUUCAUCAUAAUCUGUGUUCUAGCAACAAUUAAAUAAAAAAACAUAAGAGAUUAAUCAAAUUCAUAAAUUGGAUAUCCAAGAUGAAGAUUUAGUGAACUGGGAUGAUCCAAUGAAGCACUGCACGAAUCUACUGAAACCAAAAGGUUAUAAAGUAGCAAGAAUUCUAAAGACAACUACUUCAUCAAUUACAGCUGAAGUUCUAGAUGUAACUUAAUUAUGAAAUAGUUUAGGGUUUUGGAACAUAAUUAAUAUUUAAGCGUUCUCUUUUUGAUAGCUUUGAUAAUGCCUCGAAUAAUAUAUCAUAUUUGUAUAACAUGAACAAAGUCAGCGCUGAAGGUUUGUUAAGGUUUACUUCAUUAACAAUCAGUUAAUUUGAAUCAACAAAUGUUUAAUUGAGGCCAGAAAAAACACUCUAUGCAAUAGAUAGAAUGAUACCAAAAUACAAUACGUUGAGCGACUCUCUGGAACAUUUAAAAUUAGAAUCUCUAAUGCAAAGUUUACUCAUUUUGGAACAAGUUAGCGAUGCAUUAAAUUAGCUACACAAAGAAAAGUUCGCAUAUCGUUUCCUAAGGCCUGAAAGCAUUUUAACAAAGGACGGUAAAAAAUUUCUCUUAAGUAAUCCAUCUAUAUAAACGAAUCAUAAAGAAUAAGUAUUAAAUUUAAGUAUAUUAGAAAAUUAUCAAACACUUUGUUUAAUAAGAAAGUGAUUACUACAUAUAUGAUUGUGUGAUUUUUUCAUUAUUAUUUCUGUUUCUGGUUGAUCAUAAGAUUUACACUUUUGAUUCACUAAUUGAACUUCGAUUGAAUUAAGAUGAAUGGGAAGGGUAUAUAUAUAUAUGCUUAAUCAGUUUAGAUUGGUUGAUAACUAUAAAUAGUCAAUAGCAUCUCAAUUUGAAAAUGAUGUGCCUUAAAUGAUUAUGCAGUUAAUCGAGCAAAUGAGUGUCUUUGAUAAAUUUGACAUUCCAAAAAUGAGUGAGAUUAAUCAUGCCAUAAGAAGUGUUCGAUAAAAAGGAAUGCAAACCUAUUUUAAAAAUGAUUCACUUGGAGCCUAUCUAUAAUAUCAUAAGGAAAAGACAUUGCCUGAAGCAUCUCCUUGGUUAUAUUUUACUAAAGCAAAUCAAAUUCAUUUGUAUAAUUACGAAACUAAUAAAUUUCAUUUUUUGAAGGUUUAUAGAAAGAAGCAGCCAUUCAAAAUUGAAUCUGAUGUAGUUUAUCAUCCAACCGAAGAUAAGUUCUUCUUCUUUAGUCACAACACAUCUACAUUCCUGUUAAAGGUGUAUGAUGAAUCACAUGACAGAGGAAGUAUUAGUUAAAAGCGAGAAGUUGAAUUGUUUAGGAAUAUAAAGAACGUCAAAUUCGAAGAUCCAUAACUAUUGGUGAUUAAUUUUGCAACUGAAGAUGAAGCUAAUUAAGAAUAGCCUUUAGAAGUGAUUGAAGAUAAGAAAGAUAAUAAAAAGGGCAACAAGUAAUAAUAAUAAUAGUAGAAUGUCUUGGAGUAAGAACCAAAAUUAUUAUCAAAAAUUAUGGUUAUGAAUUAAUAAUAGUAAGUAGAUGAAGCUACUUAAGAAGUGUAUUUUAAUUCUUUUGAAGUGUCAUUUAAUUUAGAGUUAGUAAAAAAUGAUAAUGAAGAAGAUGUCUAUAAUUAUGGAGAUGAUGAGUACAUAACAAAAAAGGUAAUCAAGAUCUAUUAAGGGCCGAAGAAUUUCUAAUGGCAUAGAAGUUCUUUUCAUUUCUUUGAUCCACAUAACAAUUACAUUUAUUGUAUACCUGAUUACAAUAAUGUAUUCUAAAAUGGAAUCAGAUAUUGCUAUUACGAUAUUUCAAAAAGAAAAGGAAAUUUCAAAGAAGGAUUAUUGAGAUUUGCAUGCAGUACUGAUGAAAUAUUCAAGUAAUUUUGUCUAUUAAACUUUAAAAUUAAACAUAUCGUAUUUUGUAUAGAAGUUCAGCAUGGUGUAUUUUUAAUGUAGGCAUCAAAAAACAUGCUGAUUUUGGAUUUUAAUUUUAGAUGUUUUUAUUCUUUGGCUUCUCUUACCUAAUUAUAGAAUUACAAAGAGAACAACAAAGAAAAUCCUAUUUUGUAUCAGAAUGCUUAUGAAACCAGAAACCAACCUUUUGAAUUAAAGUGUUUGGAUGCUGGAGGACAUAAUUUUUUAUUUUAGAAUGGAUAUUUGCAUUGCUUGGCUAGAAAGGAGAUAGAGACAGUUCAUUGUGUUUUUAAUAUUCUGCCAAAUUAAGCUUGCAUAGAAUUGUUAAAUUGCUAUUCUUUGCACACUAAUUAAGACUUACUGCUUUUCAUUCCCAAAACGCUAAGCUUUGUUGUAAAGGCAUAAUAAAAAUAGGUGGAUGAAAGUGUGUUUCGAAGAUAUUCAAAGGUAUUAUUUAAUAAUUAUGAUUAUCAGCAUGUCAGAUAAUAUGGUGUGAUUAAAGACUUAUAUGCAGAUCAGAAUGAGGCUUAUUUAAGUGCUGAAACUGUAGAAGAAAAGCAAAAAUUUUAUUUACAUCAGAUCAAAGUUGAGUCUUUGGUAGAAGUAUCCUAGUUGUUCCAAGCAUUUAAUAAGAAGAUUCUUUCAGAAAUUCUAUUGACUCCUAUUGAAUAUUUUGCAUGUUCAGAAGAAAGUAAUCAAAACUUUUAUCUUAGAAAAUUCGUUUUAUAUGUAUUAUGUCAAUGAGGAAAUUUCAACUACUUUAGAUUCUGAAGUAGAAAACAGAAGACUCUAUAAAAAUCCUUUUGAAGCAAAAGAAUUAGCAUUGAUUGUAAAAAUUAUCUUUAAGGCUUUAAAAGAAUUGAAAGACAAUCAUAUGGAACAUGGAAAUUUAUCAACUAAUAGCUUAUGCUUUACUAAAGCUGGAAUUAUUAAAAUAUCAGGUUGGUAUGUAGCUAAUAGGAAGAAUUUUUCUACAGAUAUUGAUGAUGCAGUGAAGGUUCUAUAUUGUCUAGCUACACUUUAAAGAGUGUAAGAUAUUGACGCAAUGGAUUUUUCAAAUUCUUAAAUCACUGCUUACGAUGGUCUCAGCGAAUUUUUAAAGUCUAUUUACAAAUUACCUAAGAAAACACCCUAUGUCAAUGUAUUGAAUUCAGCCUUGAAUUUAAGCAAAUCAUUGACAGCUUAAAAUAUUGAAUUCAAUGAGAUGCAAAGCAAGGCUUAGGCAAUCUUAUGGGUUGGUUAUGGCCAGAAUUACAUUAUCAUAACUCCAUUAGAAAAUAUGAAGGACCCAAGAUUUAUGAAAGUCUGCAUCUUAAAACCAAACUAAACUAACUUUAAAAUUUCUAAACACUGCAUGUUCACAUUUAACUUUAUCGAUGUUAUUUAUAUAUCUGGAGCUAUUAAAGAGGAUAUGAAAACUUAGCACCUUUAUGAAUGCGCAUACAAUAAGCACAAGGAUACACAGACUGUUACUUUAAAGAGAUUGCCUGACAUACCGGCCCCUAUCUUGAGUCCCUCUCUGUUAUAUGCUGAAGGCAAGAUCUAUGUCAUUGGAGGCUAUGAACUUGGAGAAAACCUUAACAAAUAAAUUACUGAUAAGGUCUUUGUCUACACCAUUAAGACCAAAUAAUGGUAAAAUUAUUGUUCUAAUAAAUUUCUGUAGGAAGCCUUUAAAAAAUCUACCGAUCAACAUAUAUGGAGGAACAGCCCUACAUGAUGCAGACAAGAAUAUGAUAUACUUAUUUGGUGGUGUUUCAAGUGAGAUCGAUCUGACUUCGGAUAAACUCAUUUAUUUCACCUAUGAUAUAUUGAAAGAUAAUUGGGAAUUCAAUGUUGAUUUAUCCUUCAAAUCUCCAUUCGUAAAUUCAAGAUUUACAAAACCAAUUGUUGAUAUGGUAAGUCCCAAAUUAUUCAUAUCUUAUUACAAAACUGAAGAAGACUUUUUUAUUGAGGUUUUCGAACUUGUCAAAGCUGGUGUCAGUUUGAAAUUUAAAAUUAAGAAUCCAAUUGCCAAAAAGAAAAAUGAAAAAGAAAAUCUAGAAGCUUAUGCUGAGAAAGCGCCCAGAGAUUAUGAAAGAACAUUGCAAGAUGAUUUGUCAAUGGCUAUUUAUAAAGAUUCUAUUUAUGUAUUGGAUGAAGAGACUUAGAAUCUUAAUAUUUUCAGAAUCAAAGAUGUCUUUCAUCCUUAAAUCGAUAUUGUUAAAUGUUAAAUUAGGGAUAGCAAUCCUAUAACAAUCCAUUUAGUUUAAUAAGAAGCUCAAUAAUGAACAAAC